GUCGUCAGUCUUCGGAAAGAGUUUGCCAGCGUCGGUCGCUUCUGUAGCGGUAGUGCGUACUCGCGCGUCGAUUCCAGUUUGAAGCCCACAAAGCCUGCUGCUGUGUUCCACCUUGAUCCCAGCAACUAAAGCAACAACAGCAGAGUCGGAGUAGAAAGUGUAUGUGUGUCUGGUGUGAGUGUGUGUGCGGGGGUGGUCAGUAGCAAACCCUGGAAGAGAGACCCCGGGGGAAGACCCCCUUUUUGUGAGCAGUUUUCAUUGAAUAAUAGUGUUAUUUUGCAGUUAUUUUCGGCGGUGCGUAACACGCAAUAACGAGGAAGAACGCGAAAGCUUGAGGCGUACGGAGCAUCGUCGAGUCCGGCCGGGUUUGGGUCGAGAAGAGCUGCAGCAGACGUCAACUACGGAGAUCCAGAGUAGACGGACGGACCAGGGAGCAGAAAUUGUGCAAGAAAAAAAAGUUUAAACCUUAGGAGAUCAUACGCGUCGCGCCUCAACCUAGCGCGAGUGUAAUUUGAAAAAUUCUUUCCUAAUACUAAAUUGCCAGCCUCUAGCGGCGGCACCGGGGAAAGAAGAGAAUAGUUAUUAAAAGUAUUUUAUGUAGAAAGAGAAGAGUAGAAGUAAAAAAAAAAUUGUGUGUUGAGUGAAAAUUUAGCUCUGGCAGAAAAGCAAGCGGCGAAGGAAAAGGAAAAAUUUAGUGCGAAGAAGAGGUCCGAGCAGGCCAAGAAGCGGGGCGGCUACGGAAGCGGAACGGAAGUGGCCACAACAAGCACAUCAGAGCAGGCCAGUGUGGGAGUGGGAGUGUGUGUGUGUAUGUUUGGGGAGUAAACAACGGCAUCUAAACAGCAACCCAGAGCGCAAGAAGAAGAGGGUGAAGCACUCGGCAAGCAAGAAAUCCAAAAGUUCGAUUUUCGGUUCUCCAAAAACGGGUACUUCCUGUCUGAGUGUUUCGCUUUUUUGCGGGGGGCAAGAAUUUUGAAAGCUUGCUCCGGCUGUUCAGAGUGAGUUCGGGUUGGGUGUGAGCAAGAGAGUGAAUCACAUAAGAAUGAUUGUUUGAGAAAAAUCAAUAUUCGCCAGUGCCAGCAAGAGCUAGAAGGUCAAGCUGUGGAGUGUGAAAGUGACACACCUUAAACCAAGAAUCACCAGAACCAAUUACGUCAACUAGUUCCAAGUUGGUGAAGGCUAGCUAAAGCCCAGACACAAGAGAAGAGAUCGAAGAUGGCCCUGGAAGAAACCCAGAACGGGUCGGUGGUGACGGCGGCGGCCGCUGACAAGGAAAAGCAACCACAGACGGCCACCAUUCAGCCGUCCUCGUCGAGCGAGAAGCUGAACGCAGCAGGCCUGGUCGCCAACGGCGGGACGGACAAGUCCGGGCGCAACAAUAACAAACAGAACGACACAAACACAGCCUUUCUGAGGGCAGCUCGGGCAGGAGAUUUGCCAAAACUAAUAGAGUAUCUCGAGACAGAACAAGUCACAGACAUCAACACGUGUAAUGCGAACGGGCUGAACGCGCUGCACCUCGCCGCCAAGGACGGCCACUACGAGAUCGUGCAGGAGCUGCUGAAGCGGGGCGCGAACGUGGACAACGCCACCAAGAAGGGCAACACGGCGCUGCACAUCGCGUCGCUCGCCGGCCAAAAGGACAUCAUCCAUCUGCUGCUGCAGUACGCGGCCAGCGUCAACGUGCAGUCCCAGAACGGGUUCACGCCGCUGUACAUGGCCGCCCAGGAGAACCACGACGAGUGCGUGAACCUGCUGCUGGCGAAAGGAGCGAAUCCGGCCCUGGCUACGGAGGACGGAUUCACACCUCUGGCCGUAGCAAUGCAGCAAGGUCACGACAAAGUCGUGGCGGUUUUGUUGGAGAGUGACACCCGCGGCAAGGUGCGGUUACCGGCGCUGCACAUCGCGGCCAAGAAGGACGACGUCAAGGCGGCGACCCUGUUGCUUGAGAACGAGCACAAUCCGGACGUGUCGUCCAAGAGUGGCUUCACGCCGCUGCACAUAGCCGCCCACUAUGGGAAUGUCAAUGUCGCCCAGCUGCUGAUCGAGAAGGGUGCGGACGUCAACUUUACCGCCAAGCACAACAUCACACCCCUUCACGUGGCCUGCAAGUGGGGCAAGCUGAAUAUGGUGUCGCUGUUGAUCAAGAACCGGGCCCGCAUCGACAGCGUCACGAGGGACGGGCUGACGCCGUUGCACUGUGCGGCACGAUCCGGCCACGAUCAGGUCAUCGAGUUGUUGCUCGAGCACCAGGCGGACAUCAUCGCCAAAACCAAGAACGGUCUCGCGCCGCUCCACAUGGCCGCCCAGGGUGAACACGUCAGCGCCGCCCGAAUCCUCCUGGUCAACAAAUCCCCCGUCGAUGACAUCACCAUCGAUUACCUAACGGCGCUGCACGUCGCGGCCCACUGUGGCCACGUAAAGGUCGCCAAACUUCUCCUAGAUCGUAACGCCGAUCCAAACGCGCGAGCCCUCAACGGGUUCACCCCCCUGCACAUAGCCUGCAAGAAGAAUCGAAUCAAAGUUGUCGAGCUGCUACUCAAACACGGUGCUACCAUCAGUGCUACCACGGAAAGUGGACUCACGCCCCUCCAUGUGGCCAGCUUCAUGGGCUGCAUGAACAUUGUGAUCUAUCUGCUGCAACACGACGCUAGUCCCGACAUCCCGACCGUGCGGGGAGAAACGCCGCUGCAUUUGGCCGCCCGGGCCAAGCAGAGCGACAUCAUCCGGAUCCUGCUGCGAAAUGGUGCGUACGUGAAUGCGCAGGCACGCGAGGAUCAAACGCCGCUGCACGUUGCUUCGAGAAUCGGCAACGUCGACAUCGUGAUGCUCCUGCUGCAGCACGGCGCCAAGAUCGACUCCGUCACCAAGGACAACUACACGCCGCUGCACAUCGCCGCCAAGGAGGGCCAGGACGACGUGCUGGCCGUCCUGUUGGACAACAAGGCCAACAUGGAAGCGGUCACCAAAAAGGGCUUCACUCCUCUCCACCUGGCGGCCAAGUACGGCAACCUAAAGUGCGCCCAACUUCUGCUCGAACGGGGCGCCCAGGUCGACGUCCAGGGCAAGAACGGCGUCACGCCGUUGCACGUUGCUAGUCACUACGAUCACCAGAAGGUGGCACUGCUGCUGCUCGAAAAGGGCGCCUCGCCGUACUCACCGGCCAAAAAUGGCCACACGCCGCUGCACAUCGCGUCGAAGAAGAACCAAAUCGACAUCGCCAACACGUUGCUCGAGUACAAGGCGGACGCGAACGCCGAAAGCAAGACCGGCUUCACCGCGCUGCAUCUGAGCGCCCAGGAAGGCCACCGGGACAUGUCCCAGAUGCUGCUGGAGAGCGGUGCCGAUCCGAACCACGCCGCAAAAAAUGGACUGACCCCACUUCAUCUGUGCGCACAAGAAGACAACGCGGAAAUCGCCAAGACCCUGCUCGACCACAACGCACAAAUCGAUCCCUCGACCAAGACCGGCUUCACCCCACUCCACGUGGCCGCCCAUUUUGGCCAGAUCACCAUGGUCAAGUUCCUGCUGGAGAACGACGCCAACAUCGAAAUGAAGACCAACAUCGGUCACACCCCGCUUCAUCAGGCCGCCCAGCAGGGCCACACGCUGGUCAUCAAUCUGCUGCUCAAGAACAAAGCCAAUCCGGAAGCGGUCACCAACGGCGGUCAAACGGCCCUCUCGAUCGCCGACAAGCUCGGCUACAUCACCGUGGUGGAAACCCUCAAGGUCGUCACCGAAACCAGUAUCACCCAGACGGUGGACGAGAAGUUCAAGAUUGUCGCGCCAGAAACGAUCCACGAGACGUUCAUGUCGGACUCGGAAGACGAAGGCGGAACAGACGACGGCAAUCUGCUGACCGACACGAACGUUCUGAGCGCCCAAACUCAGCAGUCGUGCAGCAGUAGUGGUGUUAUCAAGUACUAUCAGUCGCAGAUGCGUUACACACCAGGCGAAGAUCCGAUCAUGUCCGAUCAGCAGCAGUACAACUACAUGACCAGCGACGAGAACAAGCAGUUUGACGACACCAACAUCACCAACAUGAGCAUCGACCCGAUGAAGGACGAAAAGUACCUCGAGAAGAUCAUCUCGAGCGCGGAAAAGUAUCACACGAUGGGAAGUGCCCCGCGGGAAUCGACCCCAAACCCACUGGACAUUACCGUGACCGACAACGUGCACAUCACGCGGAAACCGAUUCACGUCGGAUUCCUGGUUUCGUUCCUGGUGGACGCCCGGGGUGGCGCCAUGCGCGGCUGCCGCCACAGCGGAGUGCGCGUGAUCGUGCCACCACGAUCGGCCGCCCAACCGACGCGCAUCACGUGCCGCUACGUGAAACCGAACCGGAUCACCAACGCGCCACCGCUGAUGGAGGGUGAGGCGCUCAUUAGCCGGAUUCUGGAGUUGGCCCCGGUCGGGGCUAAGUUUUUGGGACCGGUUAUUCUGGAGGUUCCUCACUUUGCUUCGCUGCGCGAAAAGGAGCGCGAGAUCAUCAUCCUGCGGUCGGACAACGGGGAGACCUGGCGGGAGCACACGCUGUACGACAGCGAAGAAGCGAUCCACGACGUGCUGAACGAAACGUUCAAGGGAGACACGCUGAACUUUUUGGAAGAUUUGCACACGAACCGCAUUACGCGCAUCUUGACGAACGAUUUCCCGCACUACUUUGCGAUUGUGUCCCGCAUCAGGCAGGAAGUGCACGCCAUCGGGCCGGAAGGAGGUACCGUGUCGGCAACGGCCGUCCCACUGGUGCAGGCCAUCUUCCCCCAGAACGCACUCACGAAGAAGAUUCGCGUUGGACUGCAGGCUCAACCGAUCGACAUGAACAUGACGGCCUCUCUGCUGGGUCGAAGUGUGGCCGUUUCUCCGGUGGUCACCGUCGAGCCACGUCGCCGCAAGUUCCACAAGGCAAUCACCCUGAGCAUGCCGGCUCCGAAGGCGUACAACUCGGGCAUGAUCAACCAGUACUCGGGCAACGCCCCGACGCUGCGACUGCUCUGCUCGAUCACCGGAGGGCAGAACAAGGCCGUCUGGGAGGACGUCACCGGAUCGACUCCGUUGACCUUUGUCAACGAUUGCGUUUCAUUCACAACGACCGUGUCGGCCCGCUUCUGGCUGAUGGACUGCCGCAACAUCAACGAAGCCACCAAAAUGGCCACCGAACUGUACUCGUACAUGUCGCACGUCCCGUUCAUGGUCAAGUUUGUCGUGUUUGCCAAGCGGGUCGACCAAACCGAAGCCAAGCUGAGCGUGUUCUGUAUGACCGACGACAAGGAGGACAAAACCCUCGAACAGCAGGAACAUUUUACCGAAAUCGCCAAAUCCCGCGACAUUGAAGUGUGCGAAGGUCGCGUCAUCUACCUGGAAUUCGCCGGCAACAUCAUCCCCGUCCUCAAGAGCGGCGAACAACUCUCAAUCUCGUUCAACGCGUUCAAGGAGAACCGCCUCACCUUCCCCGUCAAGAUCAAGAACAACCUGGACGACCUGCUCGGUCGCAUCUCGUUCAUGAACGAACCCAAGGUCGCCAAGGGUGAACCAUCCUCGACCCCGCUCUGCACCCUCAACUUCACACUGCCCCCAGAAAAGUACGGCCUCGGCGGUGACGAAAUGGAAACCGCCUCCGAGUUCGACCAGAGCUCCACCGAGGUGCUCAACUACGACCAGCAGGCCAUCGUGAACGCCGCCAACCGCAGCAAAACCCUCAACUUUACCUUCCAAAACGGCGACACCCCGAACGAAAUCCACAAGGCCGACAUCAAAAUCACCGACAUCUGCAACCUGCUUGGACCCGACUGGGUUCUGCUCGCCGAAGAGCUCCAAAUCUCCCCCAGCGACGUGGACCUCAUCAAGCACGAGUACCCGAACGACGAGGCGCAGCAGUCGAUCGUGAUGCUGCGGCUGUGGCUGCGGCAGGCCGGCAAGGACGCCACCGGGAACGUGCUCGAGCAGGCGCUCAUCAAGAUUGACCGGCCGGACAUUGUGAGCAAGUCCAUCACCAACCUGGAGCUGGUGACGGACGAGCGCGAGAAGAAGCUGGCCAAGCAGCAGCUCGGCUCGACGAACGGCAUCGACGAGGUCGACCCGGUCAAGAUCAACGGGGUGGAGUGCAAUGCGAAGGAGUCGUUUGAAGACUCAACCCACGAACCGGCCGAAGAAAAGCAAGAGCACGAACGGGACGAAAAGACGGUGACCACCGUGGUCACCCAACAGGACCCGGCAUCCGCCUCGCCCCCAAGCCCCCAGUCCUCGUCCUCGCCGGACAACACCGAAGCGAUCCAGCAGAUCCGACGGGAAAGUGCAAUCCUAGGCAUUGGCGGCCAGUCCUCCUCGGCCCGAAAGGACGACGCAACCGGAGACGGUGGAACGCCCCCACCCAGUCCGGCGGAAUUCGCCGUCCAGGUUAGUGCGGCGGCGGAACCGGAAGUGGAGAUCCAGCAACAGGAACCCAUCGUUGAGGACGUGUCGCAGAUCAUCCAGGCCGCGAUCGCCGAGCACGACACGACCGGAGAUGACGAUGAGUUUGAGGAUCAGGAGGCGAUUCAGGAACCGGUUGUCCACCGGAUUACGGUACAAAAGCCGUCCUUUGAGGCGGUCGGAAGCGACGAGGAAGUGGAGGAGGAGGAAGGGGAUGGGGAUGAUGAUUCGGAGGACUUUGAACAGCUGGACCUGGAGACGGACAAGAGCGGCAAGGUGAAGACGAUCAAGAAGCACUCCAAGGUGAACAUCAAGAUCAACAAGCAGCUCGCGCAGAGGCCCACCGUCGAAGAUAUUGAGUGGGAGGUGACACCGACGGCGUCGGCGACGGCCGCCGAUCAGGAGGUUGAAGUCGUGACGAAGGAGAUCUCGUCGGUGAAUUUGGAGGACGUCUCGAACGAUCGGAGGUACAGCUUGGACAAGAUGGAACCGACCUCACCGGCGUCACUUCGGGUAGAUCGGAUGUUUGAAAAGUCCUUCUCGACGCCGGGCGAGGAUCAGCAGAAGGCCGAACAGAUCGUGAUGAUCUCGUCGGACAACAACAUCUCCGAAGUGGCGGCCGACUACUCGGGCGAUAUCGAUGAGUUCAUCUUCGUGCAAACCUCGCCGGAGAAUUACGCCAAGAUGGAGAAGGAACAGAACUUGACGGACGAGGACGACAACAGCAAUCUGGUGAUCAUAACCGAGGAACACUACGACUACGAGCUGGAAACGGACGACGACGAUCGGCGAUCGAGUGUGAUCGAUCAGUCCUCGCCGCAGGACGAUGACGACGAUUCCCCGCAAAAGUUCAUCAUCGGUGGAACGAGCAGCUCGGAAGACGAGGAAAGACUCAUCGGAAGUGACGAACAGCAUCGGCGCCGAGAUCUGGCCCUGAACCCAACCGUUCCGGAGUGCACAACGCCGUCGAUCCUGAUCACGCAACCCGGCGCCACCGAAGGUACCGCAAGCUGUUCGAGCGGAUCGGACGUCGCACUGCACGAAACUGGUGGCGAACUCAGUGAUGACGAUGAAACAGAGAACUACCUAGUGCAAAACACCGACCACGGAGUUGUGAUGGAACCGAGCGAGCCGCCCAAAUCCGAUGCCGAUGGAGCGGAGGCCAGCAGCCGGACGGAAACGAACACGUUCGUGAACGAGUCGGAUGAUGGCUCCGUUCGCACCACCGUCAUCACCACCACCACCACGAUCAACGCAUCGGGCGAGGAAAUCCCCCCGGAACUCCAACAGCAACUGCUCGAGCAGCUGCAGAACGCCGCCAACCAGAGUUCCAACGCCACCUGCAUCACAACGGUAACAACCGAGGACGGCGCCCCGGACGAAACGACCACAACGCGAACCACCACCACCACCAAGACGAUAACGCUAACCUCCAUGGACGCGGACUUCCCCGAGGACGAGCUGCUGUCGAAGAUCACCACGACGACGCAGCAGAUGCCGGGCAGCGAUCAAACGCGAACGACGGUCACCGUGACGGAGGUCGUCGACGGGAAGCCGGACGCGAAGCCGUCGAUCAACUCGAUCGUGGACGAGUUCAUGAACGAGGAGAGGAAGAAUUAAGCGGGGUUCGUUCGAAUGGGGGCUUGUUGUGAAUUUUGAUUAAUUGUGGCCAAAAAAAGGGGAGAUCAUGAUCGGUAAGUCGUAGAUCGAUUGAAACUUUGUUUUAACUUCCCGGAUAAGUUAUGUCACAAAGUUUGGUUUCUACUGUGAGAAAGUGAAAGUUUUAUUGUGUAUUUAUAUCGUGUUUUUUUUUAGAGGUAAAUCAAACUAUCUUUUCUCCGUCACAGCAUUACACACACAAGAGGUAGGGCAGCUUAGGUUUAAUCGUGGUGCGAAAGAAGGCCCAACAAAAUCCCAAUUCAAAUUAUAGUAGAAAGUUUUACCAACACCAAUAAAAAUGGCAGAAAAAAACGUCCUUUAAACUUCAUUUUGAUCGUGCCUAUUUUUAAGCGUUCAAAAGCGUGCUUGUUUCGAUUCAAACCGAAAGGACUGCGAAGCUCGUGCAGAACUCCGACGUUUUUCACUGCAAGUGAGGGCUAGUCGGAGUUGUAAAAUAAAGAAAAGAAUCCAGAGAGAAAAUAUAUAAAAUGAACGUGGAACCAAGAUUAUUUAUUUUUGCUAACAUUUAUCAAUGUUGUCUUUGGAAAAGAGCCAAUAAAGAAGGCGAAUUUGAUAUUAAUUGUGGAAAAUCGAUUAAAACGUAACUUAUUUGGAAAUAAUAAAAAGUAAACAAUAAAUUAACAGCUUUACCUGAAUGUUGACUUCAUUUAGAAACAGGGAAAUAAAUCCCAAAAUUUUCAGAGACAACAUCGAGAUUACGUGGAAUGUUACGGAUUAGAUUAAACUGGGUGCUGACAAAAGGGUGAAAAAGAAGGAAAAGUUGAGCAGUUGGCAAUUCAACUAAUAAAUGUUCAUAUUUAUCUGCUAAAGUCAAAAUUACAAAAAUCGCAAAAACAAAAACAAACACUCUACAAAUCACACGUGAAAUGAAAGUACAUGUAAGCAACAAUAUAUCAAAUCAACGCAUUACAAAACAAGUUUAGAUUAUUACAAUAAUAUUGAGCAUCUCUAGAAAGAAGCACGUAGUUUUAGCAUUUUCUCUCAUCUCUGAAGGGGUGCUCCGAAAAGCUCCAGGAUUUGAGGAGCCUCACCACACACACACAAACAAACACACAACGUAGAUGUCACUACUAUAAAAACAGUAUUUUAAGCAGUGUUUUUUUUCAUUUGUUUUUUAGUUCUUAAUUUAUCCUAUUUUUUGAGUGUGACUAUUUAUUAAUUUAACCUCCUUCCAUGGUAGCUUCCCCCUUUAAUAUAUAAGCUUCAUCGUUCUUUUUGUUGUAAUUUUACUUCUGUUUUAUUUUUAAUUUAAUCCACCUUUCAAGACGAAGAAAAACACGCAAACACACCGAUACACACACCCGUCCUCUAUCGCAGUAGGCAACUCAACUAAACUAAAACGAAAAUUGCGCUACCAGUUAUGAAUAAGCAACUUAUUUUCAAUUUGCGACAGCAGCAACAAAACAAAAACGUAGUGACCCGUGACCCGAAAACUGUAGUGAAAGAAUGAGAGAAAAUCAACAAAUCUACUCUGCCGCCUACUACACGUGAAGAGCAAAAGCAAAUAUAAAACAAAUAUUUAUCGUCACUGUUGCAGAUUGAGUGAAAUGAAAUAAAAAAAGGAAACUAAAUUGAAGGAAAGUGUGCUUCGUUUAUUUACAGUUGAGAAUAAAAAAAAAGAAAAAUGAACACGCGAGAAGGAAAUUCCUAAAAAAACAAACAAAAAAUGAAGAGAAAAAAAUGCUAUACAAGGCGAUUGUGGGGCAUUCAGUUGCAAUACACAACAGCACACACACAAAAUUUCAUUCGCUGAAGAAAGAGUAAUAUAUAUAUUGCGUAGUGUAGAGAACAUACUGAAAAAAAAAAACAAAAGAAGAUGAUUCAAAAAAUUGUGAAGCAUAUUUAAAGUGAUUAAGUAUAAAUUUGAAAGAGAAAUAAAUUUAAUCCUGCUGAAAAAUA